AUGCGCACUAGAAGGGAUAAAAAUAGCAUCGAAUUCUGUCGGUGGGUGGAAGUGAAAAAUGGCUCGUCUGAGCCGAAUAGUAAGAAGAUGUUUGCACGCCGAAAGUUUGAAGUUGGUGAUGCCAUCACGUUUUUGUGCAAGGAUGAAGAACACUGCGGAUUCCCCGUCCUCGGAGGUUUUCACGCCAGGAUCGUCUCCAUGUUAGCCGAAUCGAAUACAUAUUUGACAAGUAAUGGCACUCUCAGAUGUUCGAAACCCAUUCUGAAAGGCGAGGAGAUAACGCGGUUCGAUGGCAACAGCGAAAGAGACGAAAUUCUGGAAUCCGUUGAUAUGAUUGUUGUUCGCUUUGAUACAAUGAAAGUCGGGCGAGUUGGUUGUGUGAAUCGGUCGCACCCAGGGAUUUUGGUCUGUUAUCCGAACGGAAGUAAGGAGCUUGAGUGCAAUAAUCAUCUACAGUGUUUCAGCAGCACCCGACUUUUCCCGUCUGCCGUACUUGGGAAAACUGGAAUUUGCGUUGGUCUUCAAUUGCAACAGCUUGGCUAUAAAACAGUGACGUGA